CGGACAGGGGGUUCGACUCAAAAACCCUCCCAAAUUCUCUCCGUCAUCUCCUUUCCACCGGGAAGAAUGAGCAAUUGGAAGACCCUUCUCCUUCGAAUCGGCGAAAAUGGUCCGGAAUACGGCACCUCUUCGGACGCCAAAGAACAUAUCGAGACAUGUUUUGGUGUUAUAAGAAGAGAAAUUGACCGUUCUGGGGAUGAAGUAUUGUCUUUUCUUCUCCAAUGUGCCGAACAAUUGCCUCACAAGAUUCCCCUAUAUGCGACUUUGGUUGGUUUGUUGAACUUGGAGAAUGAAGAUUUUGUGAAGAAGAUGGUGGAAAGUAUCCAAACUGAAUUCCAGGCUGCUUUAGAUUCUGGCAAUUGUGACAAGAUCCGUAUAUUGUUGCGCUUUCUGACUGCCCUGCUGUCCAGUAAGGUUCUUCAACCUGGUUCUGUGGUUGUUGUGUUUGAGACUCUGCUAUCAUCUGCUGCCACGACUGUGGAUGAAGAGAAAGCAAACCCAUCGUGGCAGGCCCAGGCGGACUUUUAUGUAGUAUGCAUCUUGUCCAGUCUUCCAUGGGGAGGAGCUGAACUUGCCGAGCAAGUUCCUGAUGAGAUGGAAAGAAUCAUAGUUGGGAUACAAGCCUAUCUAAGCAUUCGAAAGCAUUCAUCUGACUCUGGGUUAUCCUUCUUCCAAAAUGAUGAUGAGUCUGGAAACAGUCUGGCAGAGAAGGACUUCGUGGAGGAUCUAUGGGACCAGAUACAGGCUCUAGCUGCGAACGGAUGGAAACUUGAUAGUGUUCCAAGGCCUCAUCUCUCAUUUGAAGCACAGCUGGUUGCUGGAAAAUCUCAUGAGCUUGGCCCCAUCAAAUGCCCGGAGCAACCGGCUCCACCUGCAAAACUUUCAAGAAUUAUAACCGGCGAACAAAAGCAUGAGGCUGAGAUGAGAUAUCCUCAGAGGAUCCGCAGGCUGAAUAUAUUUCCGGCCGGUAAAACUGAGGAUUUACAACCUAUUGAUCGCUUUGUAGUACAAGAGUAUUUGCUGGAUGUGCUCCUUUAUUUUAAUGGCAGUCGAAGAGAGUGUGCCUCCUAUAUGGUCAGUCUCCCCGUGCCUUUCCGGUAUGAGUAUCUUAUGGCAGAGACGAUAUUUUCUCAGUUACUUCUGCUACCACGACCACCAUUCAAGACUCUAUAUUAUACACUCAUAAUUAUGGAUCUUUGUAAGGCUCUUCCUGGUGCCUUUCCUGCUGUCGUAGCGGGUGCUGUUCGUGCGCUUUUCGAGAAAAUUGCAGACUUGGAUAUGGAGUGUAGAACACGCCUUAUUCUCUGGUUUUCACACCAUUUAUCCAAUUUCCAAUUCAUCUGGCCCUGGGAAGAGUGGGCUCAUGUCUUAGACCUUCCAAAAUGGGCCCCUCAGCGUGUAUUUGUCCAGGAGGUUUUGCAAAGAGAAGUACGCUUGUCAUAUUGGGAUAAAAUUAAGCAGAGCGUUGAAAAUGCUAGUGCUCUUGAAGAAUUGCUUCCACCAAAGGGUGGUCCGAAUUUCAAGUACUCCUUCGAAGAUGGUAAAGAGAAAACUGAAGAACAUCAACUCUCUGCAGACUUGAAUAGCAUGGUUAAGGGAAAGCAAACUGCACGUGACAUAAUAUCUUGGGUUGAAGAGAGUGUCUAUCCAGCUCAAGGUUUUGAAGUUACUCUUGCAGUAGUCGUGCAAACCUUACUGGACAUUGGGUCAAAAAGUUUUACUCAUUUGAUCAUCGUUCUGGAGCGAUACGGCCAAGUAUUUGCAAAAUUAUGUCCUGACAACGAUAAACAAGUUAUGUUAAUAUCUGAAAUCAGUACUUACUGGAAGAACAAUGCACAAAUGACAGCAGUGGCGAUUGAUAGAAUGAUGGGAUAUAGACUCUUAUCAAAUCAGGCAAUUGUCAGAUGGGUUUUCUCUUCGGAAAAUGUAGAUCAAUUUCAUGUCUCUGAUCGGCCGUGGGAGAUUCUUGGGAAUGCUCUGAGCAAGACGUAUAAUCGUACAUCUGAUCUAAAGAAAGAAAUAUCAAACCUUAGUAAAAAUCUUUUGGUAGUUGAAAAAGCUGCAGCAAAGGCAAAAGCAGAGUUGGAGGCAGCAGAAACCAAGCUUUCUCUGGUAGAGGGUGAGCCUGUUGUUGGUGAUAAUCCGGCGAAGAUGAAGCGUUUGAAAUCGCAGGCUGAAAAAGCAAUGGAAGAAGAAGUAUCUCUCCGGGAUUCAAUAGAGGCAAAAGAGGCUCUACUUAAUAGAGCUCUUGCUGAAAACGAGAGUCUGCUACUCUUGGUGUACCAGAGUUUCAUGGCUGUCUUAAAGGAACGACUCCCAGAUCCGUCAAAGGCCAGAACAUUGCAGGAACUAAAAUCUAUUGGUGAAGAGUUUAUGGCGGUGGACCUUGAGGAGCCCUCUGCAAUGGAGGUGGACAAUGAGAAUGGUAACACGAAGAAAAGUGAGUCCAAGGGGGACAAAUCAGAGAGUCUCUACAAAGUUGGAGAAAGAGAACAAUGGUGCUUGUCAACACUUGGCUAUCUCAAGGCAUUCACAAGGCAAUACGCCUCCGAGAUUUGGCCUCACAUGGAGAGGCUGGAUUCGGAUGUAUUCUCGAGAGAAGAAGUUCAUCCUCUUUUUCUGGAAGCGGUUUAUUCGGGUAUGCGCAUAGAGGAGGUUUCAUCAAGCUGAUGCUGUUCUGUAUGAAGGUAUCAGCUUUGAGAAUAUACUGUCUCUUGGUUGGUGUGAAUCAGAUCAUCACUGUUUCCAUAGAUCUCGAACUGUAGGAUACUUCACAUUCGACAUUGUUCCAUAAACUUUGAGCUUUGGUGAUUUCAACUACUUUGUGACUUUUUUUUUUUUUGCUUUGUUGUAUUUUUAGACCAGUUUUGAGGAUAGAUCUCUUAGAGUUCACUGAUUCUGCAAAGAGAGCGAUUUAGUGUUGUUGCUUA